GUAAAAAUAGAUAACCAGCGGAGGGGAGAAGACCUUGUGUUAAUAAUGUCCAGGAGAAAGUCGGAAAGCAAAAACCUUGUAGGUUUAUUGUCCACAUCUCUUCAGAUGCGAAUCAAGAUGGAUAAUUUUUACAAUUUUUACAUUGUUGAUCCUAAAGAACUAGGAAGAGGAAGAUGUGCUGUGGUUAGAAAAUGUAUAGCUAAAUCCACAGGCCAAGAAUAUGCAGCUAAAUUUCUAAAGAAGAGGAGAAGAGGACAGGACUGCAAAGCAGAAAUUUCACAUGAAAUUGCUGUGCUUGAUCUAACAAAGUCUAGUCCUCGUGUAGUUAAUCUCCAUGAAGUCUAUGAAACAGCAAAUGAAAUCAUCUUAGUGUUGGAAUAUGCUGCUGGAGGUGAAAUCUUUAACUUGUGUGUUCCUGAGCCAAAUGAGCGAAUUGAAGAAAAUGAUAUUAUCAGACUUAUUCGACAAAUACUUGAAGGACUUUGCUGUCUGCAUGAAAACAAUAUUGUUCAUCUUGAUUUAAAGCCCCAGAACAUCUUGCUGAGCAGUUUCAGUCCUCUUGGUGAUGUAAAAAUAGUAGAUUUUGGUAUGUCUCGGAAGAUUGAGAAUGCCAUUGAACUGCGGCAAAUCAUAGGAACAACAGAAUAUCUAGCUCCAGAAAUCUUAAACUAUGAUCCUAUUACUACAGCUACAGAUAUGUGGAACCUUGGUGUAAUCUCAUAUAUGCUGCUAACUCAAGAAUCUCCAUUUGUGGGGGCAGAUAAUCAAGAAACUUUCCUCAAUAUCUCUCAACUCAAUGUGGAUUAUUCAGAAGAAACUUUUGCAUCAAUUUCAUACCUGGCGAAAGACUUCAUUCAAAAACUUCUUGUCAAAAACCCAGAAGAAAGACCAUCAGCAGAGGCCUGUCUCUCUCAUUCUUGGCUGAAACAAGGGGAAUUCAUACUAUGGUGUAGUCCUGAAGAAUCUUCCUGUCCUUCUCCAAUGCAGGAACACACACAGUGUUCAGAGGAAAGGAAUACCAAAUCAGUUUGUAAUGGUACCUGUGGUGACCGAGCAGAUAAAGAGAACAUUCCUGAAGACAGUAGUACAGUCUCUAAACGUUGUCGAUUUGAUGAUUCAGUGCCACAUCCUCAAGACUUCACAACAGACUUAGUAUGUUACCAUAUGUCUGUCUGUACAGGUCCUCUGAACUGAAUUUAGGAUUAUAAUCCAGCGGUGAAUAUUAUCAGAUUGUUUUAUCCAUUCAUGCAGCACAGUUAUACUGGAAAUGCACUUUUGAAUAAGUCUCUAUGUGGUACUUCCUUUUAUGUCCAUUGCUGGCAAUGGCUUUUAUUCCUGAGGAACUAGAGUUCUGGCAUCAGAGGUACCUUAUGUUUUGAAGUCAAUUUAGUUGACUAUAUUUGCACUUUUCAAGUUUUAGUCCAAAAAAGUUUAACAUAAUAAAGUAGAGAAUAAAAAUAUAAAAACUUUUGAAUGUUAAUAAAUAGAUCCCAGUUCAGCAACUUAUAAAAAUGCUCAAGACAAAGAGUGAUCUAAUAUAUACAGUUUCAUUUUUGUGACUAAGACUUGAUACUGGAUUGAAGUGGAGAAACUGAAACUAAUAAUUUCUGUAGCCUUUCACUACAGGGAUUGUGCCAUGAUUUGUUAAAUGAAGAGUUUAAAAUUCUUGGAAUAUUGGGAUUAUUCAUUCAGCAAGUACUGUUUAAUUUAAGACUGUUUAGCUGUGGUUUAAGAAAAAUCUUUCUGCCUUAGUUGUCUGGGUCUACUUUGUACUAUUUGUAAUAUGCUAGCAUGAAUAUCUCUGGAAUACUAGACUAGAAUAGGGUAGGUUGUUGCUUUUAGUGCUGAAGAUCCUUGCUUCAUAAACAAAUCUAAUUAUAAGAGUGUGAAAAGUCUUACACUGAAGUGCACGUUGAAACAAGUUUGUCUUUCAAAGAAGCUGUUGCCAGUCUCUAUAUGUACCCCGGAUUCUAUUGAAAUACAGAUUGCAUAGUAAAUUAUAAAUAUCCCAAUACCUAUACUAGUUAGGGAUGUUAAUGGUUAACUGAUGAGGGCUGAAGCAGUCCCCUGCCCACUGCAGUCAGUGUGGUGAGGGUACUCCAGCCCGCAGAGAGCAUUCCCUCUCUGUGGGGGAUGGUAACUUCACUUCUCCGCUCCUGUUUAAUCAGUUAAUGUUUAACUGGUUAACUAAUUAAAUGCGAUUUAUUUGUAUUUACAUCCCUAAUACUAGUUCAGUGUACGCCCCUCAUAAAAACAUCAAAAAUGAGACUGAUAGCAGCAUAUAGUCAUUUAUUGCCUGUGCAACUACCAUAAUCUGUAUUAAGGAUGUAUUAAAAACCCAAUGAAGGCGUGGGGAGAAGUGUGUGUUAAUUUGCUUAUAUAGUAACUUUUCCAGCCAUACUAUUUUUCCUCAAAGUACAUAGACUCAGGCCAGUGUUAAGAAAUUGCUAAAUUUCAGAACUAAAAUUCAGAGCUCUCAAUUAUAAAUCUAUUAGUUUUUGAAAACAUUCACACAUACUUUCUGUUUUGCACUUUCCAUCUUAUAAAAAUAAGCAGCGUGGCUUUUGUUUUGUUCUUGUUUUUAUUAUUAUUAUUCCUCUUGUUCCCAGGGUCUGAAAAAACACCGUAUUAUGCCAAGAUUCAGCUUGGAGCAUAUGUUGAUCAGGUCCUAAAUUGAAAUGCUGACAAGAUAUCCUAUCCAUUAUAGCACUAAGAGUAUAAAAAUUAGAGCCUUUUUUCAUAGGGAAUACAAGUAAUUAAAGCUCUUUGAAAUAUUAUGAAAGUAAAUGGCACUUUAAAGUAUUUCCCAGAUCUUUGAGUCUGCAUUGCUUAGACUGAAUUCUCCUCAGUGUGGCUGUCUCAAUUGUCCUGCAUAAGGAGAAUUGUGAUAUGUAGUUAGUUGCAAGAUGUUUCCUCAAAUGAGCAUUUAGACCCUGGCACAUUUAAGCAAUUUCCAGCUAAAAUUGAAGAAAAAAAUACCAGAUAUUAAUAAAAUGAGCAUUUAUUAUUUCAGUAUGUAGUAAAAUGUAGUAUUUUAAGUACCUUUAUAAUCAAAUGAUGGAAUAAAAAUAUUUUAAGACAUUUGUAUAGUAAAUCUGACUUAAGAGACAGAUUAAUCCAAUCAUGUUCUCUCUAUUUGGAUAAUACUCCUAUUGAUCUAUAUGGAAGUUACAACUGAGUAAAGUGUGAAGGAUCAGGUCUUAGACCUUUGAUACUUUAAAAUCCAGCCUUCUCUGCUCUUCAUGGAGAUGGAUAUCCAUGUGAUAUUGCUUUUAAUAUCAAUGUGCGUUCAGGUAUAACGAAGUUGAGCUACCUAGUUAUUAGGGGACUGCACUCAUUUCUACAUAUUAAUGUUAUGUAAUGCAUAUGUUGUUAUCUAUAAAUUGAUAAGUGAAAAAUAAAGUAGACUUUGUGGAAGCAGUUAAUAGACAAGUUAGACUGUAUUUAGGUGACCUUUUUAUGAAUUUUGGAAGUCCUUGCUUUUACCCAAUAGAUAUAUUUUUAUAUUUAAAACUAUCACGACCAUCUUCUCACAAGAACUUUAUCUAAUUAUAGUGUAUUGAAAUAAAGGUAUUUUUAUACGUUCAGAAUUGAAAGUUUAUUUAAGAUGAAGGGAGGAAAUGUCAAAACAGUACAACAGAUGCAGCAGAAAAAAGUUUUAACAAAUAAUUGUAGUUAAACUAUUCAAAUUAUUGCAAAAACUGGAAGCUUUCACAAAUUAAUGAGAGAGGUUAUGCAAAGUAUAGUCAUAACCAUAUAUACCAGCACUUUAACAAAACAAAACACAGAAAAUAUUUCAGAAAGAAGCUUUUCACCAUGGUAUUGGAUAAAUGUUUACAUUUGUUUUUGUGGGUGGGUUGUUUUUCUGGUCUUAAGUUAUCUUUUAAUUUUGAAUAAACAAACGUAAGUGGAAAUGGAGCUUUUUCAUAUUUUGUAGAUAUCUAUUUUGUAUGUAAAUACAAAAUAUAACUGGUCAGAAUUUUAAAUUGUUUGUAUUAAUAUAAAUGUUUAAUUUUAUAAGAAUUUUGUAUAGAGCAUGCCAUAAUUAUCUUUAACAUAUAGAAUUUCAUUUAAAGAACAAUUUUUCUUUGCUAGCCCAUCGUGCUUUAUGUCAUGUUUUGGGACUAACAAAAACAUGUAAAUGGUAAUAUUUUAUGAAGAUAUUGGAUGAUGUUUCUAUGCAAUUCCUGAAUUCUUUUGAAUAAACAUUUUGUAUUGAAAUGUGA